AUGACGACCGACAUCGCCCGCACGCGUCUAAGCGAGAUCUUCGCUGAAGAGGCGGCCGCUACCGUUGCGGCUGCCACGGCCACCGCUGCCGCCGCCAAUGACGGUCACGUUGCCAAGCGGCGGACGCCUUCUGCUGCGCCCUCGUUGACCUACUCUGAUUCGGGAGACGAGCGGGACAUUGACGAUUCCAGCCCUACAGACGAAGACGAUGGCGCUCUGGCGACGCCACGCCGGCGCCGGGCCUCCACACGCCUCAUUGCCCAGAAUGCAGCAGACAUUCGGCGCAUCACCGGCGAAUCCAGCACACAGCUAAUCAACCGGUGUUGUGGCGGUGGCUGCUGCAUGAAGCUCGACUCCAAGGCGGACGGCGUGCAGUACGAGCAUGUCCCGCUUCCCGAGAACGUCGCAUUUCGCUCCCUGCAGCUGAAGAUCGACGACGAGAUCCCCACUAUCCUCAACAACGUCACAGAACUCUCAGAGCAGACAACCUUUCUUCUGCCGGUCGGUCAGCGGACCACAGAAGAUUUGGACAAGGAGAAGGAGGUUGUACUGGCCACUGCCACUGCGUCGGAAACACAAGCACCCACGGCCGAGAGUCCCAAGGGUUUGUCCAUACAUGAUAUGGCCAAAGACCUAUCCGACCUGGACACGACCGUCCAGCCGCCCACUUUUGUGCAGCCGCACCCACCGUUCCAUGUCUUCCCGGCCCGUAUCCACAACACACGCGAGCUUACACGACCUGGCGCGGAGAAGCGCACCUACCACUUUGAUCUCGACGUCACCGAGUACCCGAAGGGCGAGAACAUUGACUUCAAGGUUGGCGGUGCCAUUGGCGUGAUGGCCCCGAACGACUCUACCUUGGUGGAUGAGAUCCUGGACCUGCUGAUGGUGCCCCGAUUUCUGCGUACUAAGCCGGUUUUGCUGCGCACUACUACGGGACGUUGGCCUACAGUCUGGGGCGCAGAGAAGGCGCGCGAGAUUGUCACGACCCGCCGCGACCUGCUGACCUGGUGCUCCGACGUGCAAUCGCACCCCCCGACCAAGGCUCUCCUGCGCAUUUUGGCCGAGUACGCCUCCAACGAGAAUGAGAAGAAGGUGCUGUUAUAUCUUUGUUCGGCCGAGGGCCAGGGUGCCUUUUGCGACUUCCGCACAGGGCCUCACGUGUCGCUCGAGCAGAUUCUCAGUGCAUUCCCCAGCGCGAGACCACCUUUGGAUCUGCUGCUGUCCGUGCUGCAGCCGCAGAUGCCUCGGUUCUACUCGCUCUCGAACGAUCCCCAUGAAAGCGCGGCCUCUGCGGGGAAGGGCAGCAGCACGCGCCGGGUCAUUGAGAUCGCCGUCACCGUUCAUGAGUCGAGUGACUGGCUCUGUGGCAAGCGCACAGGCAUCGGCUCCGGCUUCUUUGAGCGCCAGGCUCUGCGCUUCCUGGAAGCGCGCAGCCGCGGCGAGGAGCCCGAGCUGUGCAUUCCCAUGUUCAAGGGUCUAAUGGCCAACCCGCUCGCAAAGCAGUUUGUGCCUGACGGGCCGAUGCUGCUGAUUGGUGCCGGCGUCGGCAUAGCGCCGUUCCGCGGCUUUGUGCAGCGGCGGCUGAAGACGGCCAACUGCGCUAACAAGGUGUGGGUGCUGCAGGGCGUGCGCGACUCGCUGGUGGACGAACUCUACAGCGGCGAGUGGGGUGUGCACGAGGACGAGGUCAAGCGCGUGGUGGAGAGCCGCCGGGGGACGGGCCGGUACGUGCAGGAAGAGGUGAAGCACCAGGCGGACCUCGUCUGGUUCGUGAUCAACUCGGUCGACGGCCGCGUGUUUGUGUGUGGCAGCAGUCGAGGCAUGGGCGAGGGCGUGCAUGAGGCUCUCAUCGACGUGGCCAUGCAGAAGGGCAAUCUGGACCGUGAAGAGGCGCGCAAGUUCUGGGAGCUCAAGCAGGAGGUGGGCCAGUACAUUGCCGAGACAUGGUGA